AUGUAUCUAUUAUUGUGCAUCAACCAGAGCCCUGCACUGAUACCCAUCGCUUUACGGGCUGCAUUCUGGGGAUAUAAUCUACCUUUCACUGCUCUCCCCAAAGACGUACAACUUCAUCUCCCACUCUUCCCGGCAAUGAACGCAGGCCUGACGUUGGCGGAGUUAAAUUCCGUCGACGAGGAUGUCAUUAAUAGAGUAUUGAAGGCGAUGCCAGUCUGCCGGCAGAUAUCAGGUAAACCUGAUUUGGGCUAUAUUUGGAAUAGUGUAACGAUUGUGGCUGAAAGGGCGAUUACAUUGCCAGUGACGGUGCUAUAUGUGAUGACUGUAGCGUUUGCCUUCACCACAGAUAUCUCCAACGCCAUUUUGACCAAGGUAUUAGAGCUGCGGUCUGGAGUAUGUGUCAUGCAGCCUAUUCCAGUAUCGUUUUUGAUCUUCAGUUAUACCAGCAUACCGAAGUUUAUUCUGGACGUUGUAUUCGUGACGUUGAUCGGCUUUAAAACGACCACGUACUACAUGCAAGCCUUAAACAAGAAAUGGAGCGGAGCCAUCCUCAUGAAAACUCUCGGUCAAGGCGCUUUCUUAUGCUACUUGAGCAUUUGCCUGACGAUCCUUCUCCUCAUGCUACUCCCCCUCUUGGCUCCGGAAUUCUUUUUCAUUGCCGAAAGCGUCUUGUUCUCAUUAUUUGCGAUGACUGUCAAUAGGCUUGUUCUUGGUAUGAACAAGGCCAAUUUACGUGGUUUGAACGACUUUACAAGCCAGCACUCGCAUGAGGUAGACAUUGCAUUUGCCAUGUCUACAUCAUUCACGUUGACGUAA